AGCAGCGAUGGCUCCUUCUCUGGCACAGGCCUAUCGUAGGCGCUGGUGGAUGGCGGUGACUGCGGUCAUAGAGAACCUGCUGUUCUCUGCUGUGCUGCUGGGCUGGGGAUCGCUACUCAUCAUGCUCAAGAACGAGGGCUUCUACUCACACCUCUGCAUAAGUACGUCCCCAUCCAUGGUAACACUCACACAGGGAUACUGUAUACUUCAGGGUUGGGGUCAAUUCCAGUCAUUUCAGAAAGUAGACCAAAUGCCAAUUCAAAAUGUUCCUCAUUGAAAAGCAUUGAAGAAAAUGUCAUUGUACUUCCUGAACUGUCUGGAAUUGAAAUGGAAUGAACCCCAGGUAUACAUAAACCUGUGCAUAGAUACUGUGGGGGGUGAAUCCUAACUACCACUGAUAUCAAUGCAUGACUAAGUGAAAAUUCAACUCCAGUGGAAGUUGGGAUUCGCAACCUGAAUACAUCCAUAUAUAUAUUUCUAUAGCAUAUGUGGUUCCCUGUGUCUUGUAUAGUUCUUAACUCCCCUCUCUCUCGUCCCCCUUCUUACCCUUCACCUGCUCCCCCUUACUCUUCCACACCCUUCGCUCCCCCUCCCUCCACUCUACCCUUCCCCCCCCCCUCCUCCAACCCUUACCUCACCUGCUCCCCCUCUCUCCCACCUCCUACCCUUACCUGCUCCCCCUCUCUUCUCACCUCCUACCCUUCUCUUCCCCCCUCUCUCUCUCCACCCUUCCCUCACACUGCUCCCCCUCUCUCUCCACCUCCUACCCUCAUGCUCCCCCCUUCUCUCUCACCCCUACCCUUCACCUGCUCUCCCCCCCUCUCUCUCCACCUCUCUCCACCACCCCCUCCCAGACAAUGAGACAGUGUUCAGUAACAUCAGUUCGUGGGAAAGUGGUAUCUGGCAUAGCUGCGUGGACCAGGAAGAGAUGUUGAAUCUGGGCUUUACCAUUGGCUCCUUCCUGCUGAGUGCAGCCACUCUGCCGCUAGGUAUCCUGAUGGACAAGUACGGGCCCCGCCCACUCCGCCUCCUUGGCAGGUAAAAGACGGGAUACAUCAUCAUCAUCAUCAUUAUUAUUAUUAUUACAAUCAUCAUUAUCGCAAUUAUCAUUGAGCAUUGUCAUCAUUAUUUUUUAAACAAUUAUCAUCUUCAUCAUCUUCAUCAUCAUGACCAUAAUCAUUAUCUUCACAACCAUCGUCAUCAUUGUCGUCAUCAGUCAGCAUCAUCGUCAACUCUCUCUCUUGCAGUGCGUGUUUUGCUUUCUCUUGUGCCAUGAUAGCUGCAGCUGCCUAUAACCCUGAAGGUAAGAAUCCUCAGCCACUGUGAGUCACUGUAAAUGAACACUAAAUGUACAGAAAAUGACAUGAAACACAACAUCUGCUUAUGACAUUACACUGCACAUAUAGAUCUCACUAACUCUGCUCUCUUCCUCUUGUCUCCUCCUCCCGUUCCUCCUCCAGUACUCUCGGCCCUCAUCUUCAUCGCAGUCUCCUUCAACGGCUUUGGAGGAAUCUGCCUCACCUUCACCUCCCUCACGGUAACACACACACACACACCAUCAUUCUCCCCUACAUGGACACAACAACUGCAUAUCCAAAGCUACCAAGUUCCCAGAACACACCAGAGGCUGGUGGGAGGAGCUAUAGGAGGACGGGCUCAUUGUAAUGGCUGGAAUGGAAUCAAUGUAACGGUAUCAAAAAGAUCAAACAUAUGGAAACCACGUUUGACUCCGGUACAUUUAUUCCAUUCCAGCCAUUACAAUGAGCCCCUCCUCCUAUAGCUCCUCCCACCACUCAUGAUCAAAACCUCCCGCCACCUGAACAGUUUCUUACCCCUGGCUGUGGCCCUCACCAACUGGCCAUCUGGCCCAUAGAGACUAAAGGACUGCACUCUAUGCUGCACCCCGCAUUAAGCAAUUUCUGAACUGUACACAAAAUAACUGCACUAUACUGCAUUUGCACUCUGUUCAUCUCUCUGCAUUUAGAUAAAUUCAUACUGAUACUGUAAAUGUGUACAUCCACUGUAUAUCAACCGUAUACCCACUGUAUAUCAACCGUACACCCAAUGUAUAUCAACCGUAUACCCACUGUGUAUCAACCGUAUACCCACUGUAUAUCAACCGUAUAACCACUGUAUAUCAACCGUAUACCCACUGUAUAUCAACCGUAUACCCACUGUAUAUCAACCGUAUACCCACUGUAUAUCAACCGUAUAACCACUGUAUAUCAACCGUAUACCCACUGUAUAUCAACCGUAUACCCACUGUGUAUCAACCGUAUACCCACUGUAUAUCAACCGUAUACCCACUGUAUAUCAACCGUAUAACCACUGUAUAUCAACCGUAUACCCACUGUAUAUGUGUAUAUCUGCUCAUUCUCUUAUAGCUCUAUGCUCACUCUACCUAGUUGUAUAUAAUGUAUGUAAACUUUAUUUAAACUCCGCUGUCUGUAUUCUGUCUCUAAAUGUUGUCUAUCACUAGCUUCACCAUAUCACCAAGUACAAUUCUGAGUAUGUGUAAAUGUACUUGGCGAAUAAAGGUGAUUCUGAUUCUGACCAGCCUCCUCUGAAACAUACAUAUGUUAGUUAUUAUAACCAUAGAAAUAGAUUAUAUGGAUAUAACUAACUAUAUACUGAGUGUACAAAACAUUAAGACUGACCAGGUGAAUCCAGGUGAAAGCUAUGAUCCCUUAUUGAUGUCACCUGUUAAAUCAACUUCAGUCCGUGUAGAUGAAGGGGAGGAGGACAGGUUCAAGAAGGAUUUGUAAGCCUUGAGACAAUUGAGACAUGGAUUGUGUAUGUGUGCCAUUCAGAGGGUGAAUGGGGAAGACAAAUAUUUAAGUGCCUUUGAACAGUCUAUGGUAGUAGGUGCCAGGCGUACCGGUUUGUGUCAAGAACUGCAACGCUGCUGGGUUUUUCACGCUCAACAGUUUCCCGUGAGUAUCAAGAAUGAUCCACCACCCAAAGGACAUCCAGCCAACUUGACACAACUGUGGGAAGCAUUGGAGUCAACAUUGGCCAGCAUCCCUGUGGAACCUUUUCAACACCUUGUAGAGUCCAUGCCCAAUGAAUUGAGGCUGUUCUGAGGGCAAAAGGGGGUACAACUUAAUAUUAGGAAGGUGUUCCUUAUGUUUUGUACACUCAGUGUAUAUAAGGUAUACUGUAGCUAUUGCUAUUAUACACUAUAUUACGGUAUAUGGAUGUCUGUUGGUGUUUUGGGAGGAUGUAUACUUUACAUAAUAUAUACAUUAUUUGUGUUUUUCUCUGCGUAUAAAUGUGAUUGAUUGUGGGUGUGUGUGUUGGCCAUUCAGAGUGUCCACGGCACAUGCUGUUCUGCUCCUGGCUCUAAAUUCUGGCACACGUCCGUCGCCCAAUCAGAUCACUGGGCUGUCGACACGCCUCGUCCCUGCCCCCCACCCCAUCCCAAAACACACAAGGACACGGUCUCUCCCUAUCUCCCCCUCUCUUUCUCUCCGCCCCCUCUCUCGCUCUCUCUCUCUCUGUCUGUCUGUCUCUCUCUCUCUCUCUUCUCUCUCUCUCUCUCUCGCUCUCUCUCUCUCUCUCUCUCUCUUUCUCUUUUCCUCUUUCUCUGUAUAUACACACACUGUAACCCCCCUGGUCUGUGCCAGUAGUUUCAGCUGUUCAAGGCCCUUUCGUUCCAUUGAGCUAAUCGUCCGUCAGUCCUUCCGUCCUUCCGUCCGUCAGUCCGUCAAUAUUAGGUACAUAAGCUAUAUGACCUUACAUUCUCCACAUAUCCCGUUUCCAUUUUCAUUGUUGUAGAAUGUUGUUCCGGUUCUGCUUUUUCUUGAGUUCACCCAUCUUCUUACCCUCUCUCUGUCUCUCUACCUCACAAACACAUACAUGUAUGCAUACCCACCAGUGGAGGCUGGUGGGAGGAGCUAUAGGAGGACGGGCUCAUUGUAUGGCUGGAAUGGAAUAAAUGGAAUGUAGUCAAACAUGUGGUUUCCAUAUGUUUGGUACCGUUCCAUUAAUUUCAUUCCUGCCAUUACAAUGAGCCCAUCCUCCUAUAGCUCCUCCCACCAGCCUCCUCUGAUACCCCUACAUGACAGGGCUCUACGCUGACCUUUUUUACAAGGAGCACGUGUGCGCCUAUGAUGAAAAAUGUAGGCGCACACAAAGUAAUUUAGGAGCACAAUGAAAAAUAUAGGAUUAAAUUAAACUUCCAGGUCGCAGCAAAAUAUUUAAGCGCAUAUGCGAGUAAAAUGGUUGGACUGUUGAGCCUAGUCAUUCGUUCCAUCCACCUAAAUCGGCCCUUUUGUUCCAUCCACCUAAAUCAUAUCAACCUUUCGUUCUGUCUGCCUGUCUCUGUCUGUUAGUCCAUGUCCAUGUUAGUGUGUGUGGGGGCACAUAGCUGAGGCCCCUGAAUACAUCAGAUAGGUAAUUAAGACCGAGCUGUAGCUCGGCCCUGACCCCUACACUGACCUACAAGAUCUGGAGAGAGAAUGGUCAUGGUCAUGGGGCGACUUUUUCCGUACCUCUGCUAAGACCUGACCAGGGAAAACUGCAGGUCCUAGUUAUUGGCUAAAAGUACACUCUUAGAAAAAGGUUUCUAUGUAGUGCCAAAAAGGGUUCUAUCACUUCAUAUAGCAACCCUUUAGGUUCCUAUAGGUUCUAUAUAUAUAUAUAAAAAAAUUAAGGGAACACUAAAAUAACACAUCCUAGAUCUGAAUGAAUGAAAUAAUCUUAUUAAAUACUUUUUUCUUUACAUAGUUGAAUGUGCUGACAACAAAAUCAUACAAAAAUUAUCAAUGGAAAUCAAAUUUAUCAACCCAUGGAGGUCUGGAUUUGGAGUCACCCUCAAAAUUACAGUGGAAAACCACACUACAGGCUGAUCCAACUUUGAUGUAAUGUCCUUAAAACAAGUCAAAUGAGGCUCAGUAGUGUGUGUGGCCUCCACGUGCCUGUAUGACCUCCCUACAAUGCCUGGGCAUGCUCCUGAUGAGGUGGCGGAUGGUCUCCUGAGGGAUCUCCUCCCAGACCUGGACUAAAGCAUCCGCCAACUCCUGGACAGUCUGUGGUGCAAUGUGGCGUUGGUGGAUGGAGCGAGACAUGAUGUCCCAGAUGUGCUCAAUUGGAUUCAGGUCUGGGGAACGGGCGGACCAGUCCAUAGCAUCAAUGCCUUCCUCUUGCAGGAACUGCUGACACACUCCAGCCACAUGAGGUCUAGCAUUGUCUUGCAUUAGGAGGAACCCAGGGCCAACCGCACCAGCAUAUGGUCUCACAAGGGGUCUGAGGAUCUCAUCUCGGUACCUAAUGGCAGUCAGGCUACCUCUGGCGAGCACAUGGAGGGCUGUGCGGCCCCCCAAAGAAAUGCCACCCCACACCAUGACUGACCCACCGCCAAACCGGUCAUGCUGGAGGAUGUUGCAGGCAGCAGAACGUUCUCCACGGCGUCUCCAGACUCUGUCACGUCUGUCACGUGCUCAGUGUGAACCUGCUUUCAUCUGUGAAGAGCACAGGGCGCCAGUGGCGAAUUUGCCAAUCUUGGUGUUCUCUGGCAAAUGCCAAACGUCCUGCACGGUGUUGGGCUGUAAGCACAACCCCCACCUGUGGACGUCGGGCCCUCAUACCACCCUCAUGGAGUCUGUUUCUGACCGUUUGAGCAGACACAUGCACAGAAGUGUGAUUGACUUGGAGUUACAUUGUGUUCUUUAAGUGUUCCCUUUAUUUUUUUGAGCAGUGUAUAUAUAUAUAUAUAUAUAUAUAUAUAUAUAUAUAUAUAUAUAUAUAUAGAGAGAGAGAGAGAGAGAGAGAGAGAGAGAGAGAGAGAGAGAGAGAGAGAGAGAGAGAGAGAGAGAGAGAGAGAAAUGGGGGGAAGAGAAAGGGAUGGAAAAAUAGAGAGGGGAGUGAUAAGAAUGGAAAAACAGGGAGAGAGACUGUUGUGGAAAACAGGAGGGAUCUAGAGAGGGAGAGCGCAGGAUAAGGGGGAAGAGAGGGAUGGGGAGGGGAGGAGAGGGGAGGGGAGCAGUCUGUCCUCAGUUAAACUUAGAAAGUGACCAACUGGAAGUAGGGUGUCAAAGUGUGUGUGUGUUUUGCUUCUUCCUGUUUUUGUUUUUUUAUACAAUGUUGUGUUUAUUGUUAAAGAGAGAGACCUGCCCAAGCCUCUGAAGAUUUUUUUGUUUUUUAAGGAGUGGUAAUUCCCACCCUUUUUGUAUUUUCUGAUUUUUAUUGAACAGAUAGUGAAGGGAUGACAGAGGGGAAAGAUAUACAGAGUUAUUGUUUAUAUAAAUGAUUUAUAUAACUUGUUUACAUAGUUGCUGUCUUUAUAGAUUCUGGUUGUAAUGCACAUCUUUAAAUAGAGGUUAACACAAUGGUGUUUAUAUAUCUCUUUAAGCUCAGCUUGGCACAGUGUGGAGUGACAUAGUUUGCAUCCGAAAUGGCACCCUAUUCCCUACAUAGUGGUCAAAAGUAGUGCACUAUAUAGGGAAUAGGGUGCUACUUCAAAUCGUAAUACAUAUCUAUAUAGAGAAGUGCAAACAGUGUUGUAGCUCUGAGUCUGUAUGUUUAUACAAUGUAAAAAAAAGAAGCUUAUCACUUAAAUUUGAUUAAAGUCCCCAUAGAGAAAUUUAGUCACAAUUAUGGUAUGUAUUUAAGCUCAGUGUGCUGAUACAGUAUGUGCUGUCACUAUAUUUAACUUGUGUUUAUACCAGCAAAGUAGCUUGACUAUUUACCGCUCCGUGCAGCGAACAUUCAUGUAAGCUCGCGAGAUCAGGCGACUUGCGAGGCUACCAGGAAAGCCCUCGGUGGUAAACAGGAUGUUUUCCAAAGGGAGAGUGGUGCUGACACACAGCCUGAUGUGAUGUAUGUUGUUAUCUGUGUGUCUGCGUGUCUUUGUAUCUGUAUAGGCUGGCAUUGGCACAGAGUCGUUGGCACGACGUAGGGGGAAAUAUUCACAGCUGUUGUGUGUUUGUGUGUGUGUGUUGGGCAUUACUUCAGCAGGUUAAGGAGAACUCACUGCUUCGACUGUGCCACCUGCACAAUUUCACACACAUUCACAGCAACAAAUGCAUUUUUGGCACGCAGACACUCACUCAGUACUUGCACCAAGUCCUCCAACAGAGAAAAGAGAAGGGAGAGAAGGAGUGAGGAAAAUAGGAAGGCAGCUACAAGACUUCUUGUAUGGCAUUUGUUUAUUCAUUACCCCAUAUGUCCACAUUUUCUACAUUUUCCAAGUUAAAUCUUUAGUUUUGCAAAAGUGCCAGCAACCCAAAACGCCUAAAAUCAACCUUGUACUGUGUAGCAAUAUUAUAUGCCAAGUCAGAGGUUGUGAAUAUAAAGCAAGGCUAUUCCCCCUGCCUCAGGCUAGCAUGUGUCUCCUAAAACAGCAGAGGAACUGAUCUAACACAUUUAGCAAUGCUGUGUAUGCGGACCCUCUCCAUAAAGAUGAACAGCUCAUAUCACCACCUGGUGUUACUUUCGUAGAAUUGCAUCUUGAGCACUUACAGUGCCUUUAGGAAGUAUUCACACCCCUUUACUUGAGCACUUACAAUGCCUUUAGGAAGUAUUCACACCCCUUUACUUGAGCACUUACAAUGCCUUUAGGAAGUAUUCACACCCCUUUACUUGAGCACUUACAAUGCCUUUAGGAAGUAUUCACACUCCUAUACUUGAGCACUUACAAUGCCUUUAGGAAGUAUUCACACCCCUAUACUUGAGCACUAACAAUGCCUUUAGAGAGUAUUCACACUCCUUUACUUGAGCACUUACAAUGCCUUUAGGAAGUAUUCACACCCCUUUACUUUCCCCAAUUGUUUUUGUUAGAGCCUGAAUUUAAAAUGGAUUGCAUUUAUAUUUUGUGUCACUGAUCUACACACAAUACCCCAUAAUGUCAAAGUGGAAUUUUGUUGUAUAAUUUUUUUUACAUGUUUUACAAAAUGUCAAGCUGAAAUGUCUUGAGUCAAUAAGUAUUCAACCCAUUGUUAUGGCAAGCCUAAAUAGGUUCAGGAGUAAAAAUGUGCUUAACAAAUCACAUAAUAAAUUGCAUGGACUCUGUGCUCAAUAAUAGUGGUUAAUAUGAUUUUUGAAUGACUACCCCAUCUCUGUACCUCCCACAUACAAUUAUCUGUAAGGUCCCUAAAUCGAGUAGUGAAUUUCAAGCACAGAUUCAACCACAAAGACCAGGGAGGUUUUUCAAUGCCUCGCAAAGAACGGCACCGAUUGGUAGAUGUGUAAAAAUAAAGAAAAGCAGACAUUGAAUACAUUUGAGCAAGGUGAAGUUAUGAAUUACACUUUGGAUCAUGUAUCAAUACACCCAGUCACUACAACGAUACAGGUGUCCAUCCUAACAGUUACUGGAGAGGAAGGAAACUGCUCAGGGAUUUCACCAUGAGGCCAAUGGAGAUUUUAAAACAGUUACAGUGUUUAAUGGUUGUGAUAUGAGAAACACUGAAGAUGGAUCAACAACAUUGUAGUUACUCCACAAUACUAACCUAAAUUACAGAGUGAAAAGAAGGAAGCCUGUACAGAAUAAAAUAUUCAAAAACAUGCAUCCUGUUUGCAACAAGGCAAUUAAGUAAUACUGCAAAAAAUGUGACAAAGAAAUAAACUUUUUGUCCUGAAUAUGAAGCGUAAUGUUUGGGGCAAAUCCAACACAACACAACACUGAGUACCAUUCUUCAUAUUUUUAAGCGUGGUGGUGGCUGCAUCAUGUUAUGGGUAUGCUUGUCAUCAGCAUUGUUUAUAAAAAGAAAGGAAUACAGCUGUAAGCAAAAUCUUAGAGGAAAACCUGGUUCAGCCUGCUUUCCAACAGACACUGGGAGAUGAAUUCACCUUUCAGCAGGACAAUAACCUAAAACACAAGGCCAAAUCUACACUGGAGUUGCUUACCAAGACGACAUUGAAUGUUCCUGAGUGGCCUAGUUACAGUUUUGACUUAAAUCAGCAUGAAAAUCUAUGGCAAGACAUGAAAAUGGCUGUCCAGCAAUGAUCAACAAUCAACUUGACAGAGCUUGAAGAUUUUUUAAAAAGAAUAAUGGGCAAAUAUUGUACAAUCCAGGUGUGUAAAGCGCUUAGAGCUUACCCAAAUAGACUCACAGCUGUAAUUGCCGCCAAAAGUGCUUCUACAAAGUACUGACUCAGGGGUGUGAAUACUUAUGUAAAUUAGAAAUUUCUGUAUUACAUUUUCAAUCAAUUUGCAAAAAUGUCUAAAAACAUGUUUUCACUUUGUCAUUAUGGGGUAUUGUGUUUAGAUGAGUGAGAAAAAACAUAUAUUUAAUCAAUUUUGAAUUUAGGCUGUAGCACAACAAAAUGGAAUAUGUCAAGGGUUAUGAAUACUUUCUAAAGGCACUCUCUCUCUCUGUCUCCUAGUUACCCAACAUGUUUGGGAACGUGCGCUCCACCAUCCUGUCUCUAAUGAUCGGCUCCUACGCCUCUUCAGCCGUCACCUUCCCUGGAGUCAAGGUAGGACAGUUACUCCUCAGCUCUCUCUUUGGGAGUUUAGAUCAGUGUUUGUUACAGUAAGCACCUUGUGACAAAUGUUGAUUGAUUGAUUGAUUUGUUGAUUGAUUGAGGAUUCACAGAAAGGCAUUACUUUAUGGCUUUACUUGAUAUCUUGAUAUAUUAUUGUUGCAUUUGCUAACCUCUUUCCCAUACUUCUCUCUCUCCCUGACUCUGUUUCUUCUCUCCAGUUGAUCUAUGAUCUAGGCGUGUCCUUCAGGGUGAUCAUGUGGGUGUGGUCGGGGCUAGCCGGUCUUGUCUUCCUCAACUGCUUCUUUAAUUGGCCGGUGGAGGCUUUCCCCGCACCUGAGGAGAUCAGCUACACGUCAGUAUCUAUGACAACAUUACUAUCAUAACACAUUACAUGACGUAACUCUGACGUUAUAGACUGUUACAGUACCCCAAAAUCAUUGAAUUACAGAGUAGUGAGUUUUUCUUUCACCAUUGCUCCAAUUCUUCUCUCUCUCUCCCCCUCCCCCGUUCCUGCCUCUCUCCCUCCUCCCUCCCUCAGUAAGGAGCUGAAGCUGAGUAGCGUGGUGAUGGAUGACAAGACGACGGGGGACAGAUUCUACAGUCAUGUGACCACGGUGGUAGAAAAGAUGGCUCCGAAGCAGCAGGAGCCAGAUCCUUCGCCAGAGAAGCUCCCACCUGGAGAACAGACACAGGGUUAGGAAUAGCAUAGGAUCACAACAGAAACGGUUAGAACCGGAUAGAGCUGGUUAGAGAACCAGUCAGAACUAAACAUAACUACUUAGAACCGGAUACAGCUAAAUGGAACUGGUCAGAGCUGGUCUUCCAGGGCUUCACCAACCAGAAUCAAUGGACGAUAUUGAGCUCAACCCUACUAUAAAAUCUGUUCAACAAUAAAAAUGUGUUAACAAAUUGAGAAGGUAACCUAGCCCAGUCAUUAUCAUCCAAUCUCAUGUUUAAUUCUUACCCCUGCCCCUCCUUUUAUUUCCCCUGACAGGUGGUCCUCCGUUCCGUAGUUCAGUCUGCUCGCCCAUCUUCUUGUGGAGUCUCAUCACCAUGGCGAUGACCCAGCUGCGCAUCAUCUUCUUUAUGGGCGCCAUGAACAAGAUGCUGGAGUUCCUGGUUACCCAUGGCGACCCACACCGUAAGGACCGAUCAAACCGUUAAUAAAGAAAGUCACUUGUAAAGGUUUUAAGUUGUGGGCACUGUCACAUUAGUCUUGAGAAACCAGACUGAUUUCAUAAUAGCUCACAUUCUGUUUCACUUCACAUAUCAAGUGACGUGAAACAAAACGUGAGCGCAGCGGUCAGUCUGCCAUAUCUUUAAUCUGUCACAUAUCUUAAUCUAAGGAUUUUAGGAGAAUUUGUUAUGAUGUUAGUGCCUGGGAAUUUGUGACUUCCAUAACUUUCUGUGUGUUUUCUGUUUUCAGCCUCUAAGGAUCUAUUGAUGGAGGCAGAGCAACAAGGUGAGAGAAUGAGACAGGUCCUUUUUUGGCAUUGGACGCUUGUGGAGAGAGAGAGAGAGAGAGAGAGAGACGAGAGAGAGAGAGAGAAUAGAGACGAGAGAGAUAGAGAGAGAGAAUAGCAUCGAGAGUAGCAUCUCUUCUCUCUAUCGAGAUAUCGCUAGCUCUCUCUUCUCCUCCCGCGAUAUACUAAUCGCUGCUCUACUUUCUCUAGAUCUAUCUCUGAUCCAUCUCAAACUCUGGUCUCUCUCUCGCGUCUCUCUCCUGCUCCUCUCUCUCUCCUCUCUCGUCUCUCGUUUGUUUGCUUACCUAGUGACUCUCUUCUUCACGUUUUCACGACCCGACACUUUCCCUCUCUCCUCUCUCUCAGGGUGGGUUUGAUAUCGUCAUUGUUGGCCUCCCUGCAAUCUCUGCCUCUCUCCUUAGCCUCUUCCUCUGAUUGGCACAUCAUGCGACUGGACUCAGGAUGAAGAUAUUUCGCGUACCCCGUGGACCAAGGUGUGGUGUGGGUGUGACAGAUAGGAAGCGAGAGCGAAACAGAGAGAGAGCGGAACAAAGAGAGAGAGAGAACAAAGGAACUUCGGUUAUAAACCACCCAUCUCAUCCAUCAUCCUGAUUGGACAGUGUUUACACUUACAGCCCGCCAAAAAAAUCUCUGGGCCCUAGGUAUUUUAAACACAUUCACGUGGUCAUUCCUGGCCCCCCAAGUAAACUGCAUGUCCUUGUAUGUGCCUAUUGGUGCCUGGGAUGCAUUAAUAAAAAAUCACCACUAGCUGGCGACAUAAGCUGUUCAUCCCUAUGGAGAGAUGGACAGCGUUUGACUAAUAUUGGUGACUCAGCUGUCUUUAAGGGAGAAAUAAUUCAGAAGAGACCAAGCAUGACAUGCUUAGAGAGAGCAGGGUUGUAUUCAUUAGACAGCAAUUAAAAAAUUAUUUUUUCCCUAAUAAACACAACCCUUGGUAUUUUCCUGAUGCUUUAAAAAAUGUUUUAUCCCUGACCUCUUCUCUCUAGCCAACCUGAACCCCCGAAGAGAGACAGGAAGAUCCAGAAACUGACCAAUGCCAUCCGCGCUUUCAUCAUCACCAACGUUCUACUGGUCCUCUUCGGAGUCAUCCAGAUGAUAGACAACCUGCCUGUACAGGUAAGAACACAGCCACAUGACCCUACCUCACACACCUCACCUGGUGUGGAACGUUUCGAUAUAAAUAUAUUAUAUAGACAAACAUGCCUCUCUCUGAAAUGUAAAAAAAGGAAUCACGUCAGCUCUAUUUGUGAUAUUUCGAUCUGCAACGUUCCUCAACAUUUCCCUAAUGAACGUGGCCCAAUACAGGUAGGAACACAGUCACAUGACCAUGCCUACCAUACCUACCCCUGUACAGGUAAAUGAACAUAAAAUGCUGAUAACUCACCUUGUAACAAGAACCCUGGCUACAUGUCAGUUUUAAUUUUGGCACUCUUAUUUAGAUUUAGUCUAGUCUUAGUCAUUUUUACAAAAAUAUAUUAUAGUCUUAGUCACAUUUGUCAUUUGAAUAAUGAUUUAGUCUAGUUAUUGUCAAAAUGAUAAACUGUGGGCCAUUUUAGUCAACUAAAUGCCCUUUCAUUUUAGUCAUAUUUUAGUCGCAUCACAUUUGUAUCUCCUCAUUAACCUAUAGUAUACAUAAAUCACUGACUUCCAUGUGCACAAACAUACAUAGCCUUGUCCAAUGAACAUAUUUUUCUGCAUAACAUCCUACAUCCUGACAAACAUAUAUAAGAAUUAUCUGGCCAUGUAAAUUUCUAAUUCAGGCUACAUAGAUAUUGCACAUUACAUAUAAAACAAACAGACACACACAAACGCAGGGAGAGAGGGAGAGUAGCACCAGAUGGUGCCGCAAAGUGUUGGCAAAGUAGUAUGGGUUGCACCUCCGCCACUCGGUCGUGUCAUUGCCAUUGUUUUCAACGUUCCACAGAAGCCGCAGCCACAUUGGUGUCCGAAAGUAUAAUGGGGCAGUGGUGUAAAGUACUUAAGUAAAAAUACUUUAAAUUACUACUUAAUUCGUUUUGGUUUUGGGGGGUAUCUGUACUUUACUUUACUAUUUUUAUUUUUGACAAUUUUACUUCACUACAUUCCUAAAGAAAAUAAUGUACUUUUUCCAUAACACCCAAAAGUACUCAUUACAUUUUGAAUGCUUAGCAGGACAGGACAAUGGUCCAAUUCACACACUUCUCAAGAGAAUAUCCCUGGUCAUCCCUACUGCCUCUGAUCUGGCGGACUCACUAAACAUACAUGCUUCGUUUGUAAAUUAUGUCUAUUGUUGGAGUGUUGGAGUGUGCCCCUAGCUAUUCGUGAAUUAAAAAUAUAUAUAUAUCAGAAAAUGGUGCUGUCUGGUUUGCUUAAUAUAAGGAAUUUGAAAUGAUUUAUACUUUUACUUUUGAUACUUAAGUAAAUUUUAGCAAUUACAUUUACUUUUGAUACUUAAGUAUAUUUAAAACCAAAUACUUUUAGACUUUUACUCAAGUAGUAUUUUACUGGGUGACUUUCACUUGAGUCACUUUCUAUUAAGGUAUCUUUACUUUUACUCAAGUAUGACAAUUGGGUACUUUUUCCACCACUGAACAGGAGAUAAUGACGGUUUCGCCCAGUGAUGUAGUCGAGUCCCAAGUCCCCUGUGCUCGAGUCCAAGUCCGAGUCACAAAUGGUCGAGUUGUGAGACCCUAUGGCUGAAGUCCCCGUGCUCGAGUCCUGGUCCAAGUGCUCAAGUCUGAGUCACUGGGUCCCCAUUUAACUAGAAAAAUAUUGCAGUUUUGAAACUGCAGUAAAAGUACAGUAACUACAGUCGACUGGUAUUCUGGACACAGUAAUUGCAGCUACACUGCAAAAUUACUGUAGUAAAAAAACUGUUAUUUUGGAUGCAGUAUUUGCAACAUACUGCAGUUAGACUGCACAUUAACUGCAGUUAUACUGCACUCGAUGACUGCAAUCAUUUUUCGUAAGGGUAGUGUAGUGUCGAGUCAAUGUUGCUAGUCAUUGCUGAUAAACAAAGGAGUCCGCUCAUACUGAACCUUGAUCAUAAGUUUUAUUCAUAUCACAAGAUUUCAGCAUGAGUUUACAGGUGUCCAGAUCACCCGGAGAGCGGCGUCCCAGAUUGCAAUGGCCGCUCUAACCUCUUCUUCGUUUUUACCCAGUAUAUAUAAUGUUCCCCAAAAUAUGGGUGGCUCCCUCUACUGUCCAAUCCCCUGUCUUCCCUGGGGCGUCACCCUCAAAACCAUUCCCUUUGACACUAAAUAAACAUCCCCUCAGGUUCCACUGAAAACAUUAACAAAGUCAUAAUCUUAAUACACUACAGUAGCGCAGUGGCAAAAUAAAUUUAGUCAAUAAAUUGUUUGCUAUCCCGUUUCCUUUCUUUCUUUCUGUGCCACAAUAUCGUUUUGAACGUUCGUUAUGGACUGAUGCCCGACUGAGCAUUCUACUCGAUGCAUCGUCAAUGAGCGCUGAUUAAGAUUUCAGUAAAAGUGCAUUACAGUGGCUUGGAAAUAAAAUGACAUUCAGAAGGAGGCAAAUAAUUAGUAGGAAAACCUUUUGUCAUCAUUUUGAUGUCGCCAGGUUGACUUUAGAUGCAGUAUAACGUUAGCUAGCUAAGAUUGAGGGGAGGCCACCGUAUUUUAGCUCGCUAAUGUUAGCAUUGCUAUCUAUUUUUGACGAACGUCACUAGCUAGCUAAUGACAACAUUGCCAUCUGUCUAAAGUAAAUUUGACGACAUGAUAAUGCUGGCAAAGUUGUUUCCUACUAAAUAUUUGCCAACUUUAGCAAUGUCAUCGUAUUUCCAGGCACUGUAAUGUAAUUUAGACUAACCAGUAGUUAGCCUCCAUUCAGUAUGACUGGGUUUAUUACCACUUUAGGGCACCACUAUGGCGCCGCCAGUAGAGGGCGCCUUGAGAACGUUCAUAACAAUGGCAUGAUGCGACCGAGUGACGGAAAUGCAACCUAUGAAUGAAUAGGCUACUGGUAAUGUUACCAGGGUAAUGGUCAGUUGCAAAACUUUCUCGAACGUUGCAGAUAUAAAUUCCAUCAACAGAUAAGACGUUAUUCCUUAUUCAAAAUGUCAGAGGCAUGUUUGUUCUACAUAUCAUUUAUAUUUGAACGUUCCAAAACGUUGCGUCCUGCUGAACGCACCCGUCGGGAGCUUCAUUAAUUGGGUUUCCAUGACCGAGCAGCCGCACAUAAGCCUAAAAUCACCAUGUGUAAUGCCAAGCGUCGGCUGGAGUGGUGUAAACUCGCUACCAUUGGACUCUGGAGCAGUGGAAACGUGUUCUCUGGAGUGAUGAAUUACGUUUCCCCAUCUGGAAGUCAGACGGACAAAUCUGGGUUUGGUGGAUGCCAGGAGAUCGCAACCUGCCCGAAUGCAUAGUGCCAACUGUAAAGUUUGUUAGAGGAGGAAUAAUGGCCUGGGGCUGUUUUUCAUGGUUCGGACUAGGCCUCUUAGUUCCAGUCAGUGUUGCCAACUCCUCAAUAAGGAAAGUAACUAUUGGCUGUCCUAAAAGUCGCUAGAAGUCGCUAAAUGACGGCAUCACCUAAUUUGCAUAAUUGGCCAUGUGCAUGUAAUUGUGAUGGACGCUGUAGGAGAGAGGAAUAACGUCGUGGGAGAGACGAAAAGUGAGUAAAAAACACCCUACAUUUACAUCCUGCCCUGAAUGUAAGCCAGUGCGGGAUCAGCCAGCGGCGGCUUCCCGCAUGCUCGAUUCAUUUGCAGUCUGGACGCAGAGGGGUGAACAUCUCCUGCUCUGACUGCAGCUGGGAGGGACUGCUGCGUGAGGACUGGGCCACCUGUGAGUGCUUUGGGACGGGGGUGGGGCCCCGGCAGCACCCGCUGCUCGUUGAGAAGAGUAAGAACGAUACGUGCUUUCAUGUCAGAGUUUCCAAUAACACCUGAAAAAGUUGCUAGAUUUGUCGCUAGUUGCUUUUUUGAAAAUGUGUCGCUAGAAGGGUCUGAAAACUCGCUAAAUAUAGCGACAAAGUUGCUAAGUUGGCAACACUGGUUCCAGUGAAGGGAAAUCUUAACGCUACAGCAUACAAUGACAUUCGAGACAAUUCUGUGCUUCCAACUUUGUGGCAACAGUUUGGGGAAUGUCCUUUCCUGUUUCAUCAUGACAAUGUCCCCAUGCACAAAGCGAGGUCCAUACAGAAAUGGUUGGUCAAGAUUGGUGUGGAAGAACUUGACUGGCCUGCACAGAGCCCUGACCUCAACCCCAUCAAACACCUUUGGGAUUAAUUGGAACGCCGACUGCGAGCCAGGCGUAAUUGCCCAACAUCAGUGCCCGACCUCACUAAUGCUCUUGUGGCUGAACGGAGGCAAGUCCCCGCAGCAAUGUUCCAACAUCUAGUGGAAAGCCUUCCCAGAAGAGUGCAGGCUGUUAUGGCAGCAAACGGGGAACCAAAUUCAUAUUAAUGCCUAAUGAUUUUGGAAUGAGAUGUUGACGAGCAGGUGUCCACAUACUUAUGGUCAUGUAGUUUAUCUUUUGAAUGGUAAGAGCUAAAAUCAAGCCGUUUUCUAUGAGGAAAAUAUUAAGACUUGGCUACAUUGGCUACUGAACCUGGCUAUGAAAUGCAGUGGGGAAAGUGGGAGGGUAGAGCGAGACUACAAAUUCAGACUUCUAUACUCAAGGGAGAUAGACAUAGCUAGACUAUUGUUUUACUAUUAAUCUCUCCCAAUUACUCCUGAGUGGCGCAGUGGUCUAAGGCACUGCAUCGCAGUGCUAACUGUGCCACUAGAGAUCCUGGUUCGAAUCCAGGCUCUGUCGCCGCCGGCCGCGACCGGGAGACUCAUGGGCAGCGCACAAGUCGUCCAGGGUAGGGGAGGGAAUGGCCGGCAGGGAUGUAGCUCAGUUGAUAGAGCAUGGCAUUUGCAAUGCCAGGGUUGUGGGUUCGAUUCCCAUGGGUGGCCAGUAUAAAAAAAAUAUGUAUUCACUAACUGUAAGUCACUCUGGAUAAGAGCGUCUGCUAAAAUGUAAAUCUCAAUGCUGCUAUUGUUUUAAUUUCGUAAAGCAGCUUGUGUUUCUUAACCAGGCAAAGGGUAGCUAACUAAAAGGCUUGUGGGGACUGGUUAGCGAUGGGGAAGCAAGAGAGUCGCCAGCGCGAUAUGUAUAAUCAGAGGCGGAGCCUGAGUGGCGUCUGUCUGCCCACACUCAUCGCUUGCUCCCAGGCAGCUCACCAGCUGAUGUUUGCCGGGUGUGGGGCGUCCUUCCCACUGCUUAACAGAACCGCGCUGCGCAUCUGUGCUGCUAAUAUUAAUUGUGGUUAUCAUUGAAAAGCUCUCAAUCUCUCCAAAAACUCCUGUUCACUCCACUUAGAAGUCAGAUUUUAGUCAGAUCAUUUCUUCUCGUCUCGUUUAAGUCAACUGAAAUGAAAAAUCAUUUUUGUUUACUUGUAGUUUUUUCAGGGUAUAUUUAGUCAGUUAUAGUCUCGUCAAUUGCCACUGAAAAAUAGGAGUUUGACGAUUAUUUUAGUCACAAUUUUUGUUGACGAAAUUAACUGUCACAUCCUGGCUCUGGGGACUCUAUAUGUUGAGCCAGGGUGUGUAUAUUCUAUGUAUUGUAUUUCUGUGUUGGCCAGAGUGGAUCCCAGUCAGAGGCAACGAGUGUCAGCUGUUGCUGGUUGUCUCUGAUUGGGAGCCAUAUUUAUAGAGGCUGUUUGCCCACAAUAGUUGUGGGAUCUUGUUCCAGUUGGUUUUGUGUUAGUACCGUGGACUUCACGUAUCGUUUGUUGUUUUGUUUAUUCGUGUGUGCACUUAAUAAAAUAAGAUGUACGAAUCUCACGCUGCGCCUUGGUCUACUCCCUUCGACGAUCGUGACAUUAACACUGCUACAUGUUCUUAAACAAUCUCUUUGGUUUGGUGUAACCAAAUAAAAUCCAUCCCUACACUAUGGAGUUUUAAGGCAAACCUUAAGAAAAUGUUAAUGCUUUAAGACCGAACAGGCUACUAGAAAGUAUAAUAGUAUUAAUGAAUGUUAUUUCGUUUAUUUUAUUCCUUUUAUUGUUUGCUCUCGAUUGAUGAGAUGAUGUGGUCACGUCUACUCCCACUCCAGCGCUCAAUGUUUUACUAUCCACCGGUCCUGGCAACCCAUCAUUACGCACACCUGGCAACCAUCAUUACGCACACCUGGCAACCAUCAUUACGCACACCUGGCAACCAUCAUUACGCACACCUGGCAACCAUCAUUACGCACACCUCCGCACCAUUAUGAGGCACACCUGGACUUAAUCACUACCCUGAUUACUUCCCCUUUAUCUAGCACUCCCUAGCAUCACUCUUCAGGCAGUAUUGGUUCUGUGUUCAUGUCCAGACGCUGCUCUUGUAUCGCUCUGUGUUCAUAAUAAUUAUUCAACUCACCACCUGCUUCCUGACUCCCAGCGUCAUCGUUACAGAUGUGUUGUGUAUAUAUUUAGUUUUCAUGUGUUUUCAAGAGGACCACAAUGGAACUUUUUUGUGUCAUCCUUGAUGAUUUUUAAAUGCAGUGUGGUUGUAUUGUGUUUUUAAAUGGUCAAAUAAAAAAAAAAAACGAUUUCUCUCCCUCUCCAUCCCCCUAUCCUUUUAUUUUCCUAAUACCUACCUCUCUCUCUUUCUCUCUCCGUUUUCUCUCUUUCCCUCCCUCCCAGAUAGUUUCCUUCAUCGUCCACACCAUGGUCAGAGGUUUCGUCCACUCCUGUGCUGGAGGACUCUAUGCUGCUGUGUAAGUACAUUACAACAUCAACUAAACACAUUGUUGGACGUUUGCGUUCCAGCAUAUUACACCCACGCUAUGAUCGUCUCAGUUAGAUGCAUAGUUGUGUGUCAGAUAGUUUAAAGAAUUGUUUAUUACACAAUUUGGAAAAUGCUAUAUUACAUAUUAUCAAUAUUAUAAAUAGCAGUGAAAGGCAAAAUGAUUUGAUACAAUUCACAAAUGUCACAAAUUAGCGCAAACACAAAAAAAUACAACUUUAAAAUAUGUAUUAUCUUAACAAAACAUUGGUGUUACAGGUAAGGUGUCUGUUUUGGUCAGGUAUGGUACAAUCAGUUUUGAUUGGAGAGGUAACAAUUGCAUCCCGCCCCUUCCAGAUAUCCGUCCAAUCACUUUGGGACGUUGACGGGGAUGCAGUCGAUGAUGAGCGCGCUGUUCGCUCUCCUCCAGCAGCCUCUCUUCGUCAUCAUGGUGGGACACCUUGGAGGAGACCCCUACUGGGUGAGGCUACACACACACACACGAACACGCAUGCAGAGCAUACACACACAGAUCACAUACAUGCGUGCAUGCAGACACACAGCACACACAUGGCACACACACACACACAUGGUGACACUAGUACUUUGCCAUUGUACUACUGAGAUUGGAAGGCAAAUUAAUUAACUGAUUCAUGUGAAUGGACAGAAACAGAAAAUUGAGGCAAUGAGAUUUAUUAAAAAGGUAUGUCUCAAACACGUUCUUUCCCUGACUAACUCUAUCCUCCAAUCAACAGAUCAACCUGAGCUUGCUCAUCGCCUCAUUGGCUGGAUUCCUGUUGCCAGGAUACCUGAUCUAUCACCGUAGGAACCUGAUGCGAGAGAAGGUGGAGGAGCGUGAGAGGGAGGCCGCCAACCAACCAGAAAGAGAGAGCGAAACCUUACGGCAAUCAGAAAAUGGCUAUACCAAAAACCAUACUAAUGGACAUCUCAGCAAU